AUGGACGGGCGCCCACCAAAACAAUUCCUCUAUGAAGAUGUCGUCACGGGUGCUCCCCGACACGAACGUCAAACCUGUUGCUACAAGGUACCUUGGAGAAUACUUUGAAACAGUGACAGACUUACACGAAGACUUGGGAAGACCUCACACAGGACCGACCAGCCUGGCGAAGAGCAGUGAAGACUGAAACGGCCAUCUAUGAAGCCAACCAGAUCGCCGCUGCUAAAGCCAAAGGGGAAGCCCGAAAGUCCCAGGCGCCCCUGACCCAUAACGCCAACAACCAACUCCUUCCGACAUGCUCGCGCUAUCAACGAAUAUUUCACGGGCGAAUCGGCCUCGUCGGACAUCUCCAAACCCCGUGCACCGACCGCCCGACAACUGCUGUCUCCCCAACUGCCCCUGAUUCAACCCCGACGGCGGCACUCACCCUCAUCGCCGAUGCUCAACGUUCCCAAGCCCCGCUGCCGACGGUCACCGUCGUCUCCAUCAUCCUUGUCACAACCUCAGCUGCCACCACCACAACUCUCUCUCUCUCUCUCCCUCUCAUCGCCGAACAAAACUUUCUAUACGGCCCCCCAACCACCACCCUAACCGUUACCAACCCCACCUUCAGCAGUGGGGACUUGGUCUUAACCUGUUCCUAUUGUGAUCACCCAUUCGCCUCAUCCAUCGGCCUGGUCGGCCGCUUGCGAAUCCUUCACACUGCGGCCGGCACACCAACGCCAGAAGUCCCCAUAUACACUCACCGCUCGGCCUUCACCAUUCACGUGUCUGCAACAGUGGGAUUCACAGUAGUAUCGACACAUAUAACGCAUCCUGCACAUCCACCAACCCUCCCUUCCCCAGCCCUAUCGACUACCGCUCCCACAACUAGCAGCACCACACCGACAACCGUCCCCCACUAA